CUGAAUCAUCAACAACAUCUUGUUCUUUACAUUUCACUAUGUGAUUCAAAGCUUCCUUGUAAGAGGAUUUUAAAGAAACCGCAGAGGAGGAGGUUCCCUUCAUGUAUACAUAAGGGAUUUGUUUCUUGUUGGGAUCCAUCUGAAAUAACAAAUCAAAACAUGAAGUGAAAAUCAAAACUUUGAGAUAUAUCUCAUUUCUUGUAAGUUCAAAGGAUAAAAAUCAAAACUUUGAGAUAUUAUUUAAAGAAUAUAGCUAGAAACUACCAAUGAAGAAUAGGAAAUCAAAAUUUUGAUACAUAUAAUUUUGUUAAGUUCAAAUUAUGAACCCAACUUCCAAAUGGAAAAAAAAUUAAAAAACCAAAACUUUGAGAUAUAUCUCAUUUCUUGUAAGUUCAAGAGAUAUACAAACCAUCAUUCAACAAUGAAUAAAAAAAAUUUGCACAAAAGACCAAGAACUUUUAUUUAGAGAAGAAAAAUUCAUAAGAAAAAAAACAGAUAAACCAAAAACACUACCUUUGGUUUGUUUGACUUUUGUUUACCAAGAACAAAAAAUUAGAGUGUGUCUCUUAAUACUACCUUUGGUACGUUGCUGCUAAGCUAUAUGGAGACAGAUCUUUUUGCAACCAUUUGGGAGGAAAUAGACCCUACCUUCCAAGUAUUUUCAUCUAGCAACAGUUUCAUGUCAUGUGUCUCUUAAUAAUUUUUUAAUUACUCUUUUUUUUCCUAUCAUGUAAGCUUGAAUCGAAGGUGUAUAGUAUUAUUUAAUUUUGUGAGACGUUAAAGAAAAUAACUAACACUGAAACAAAAGUUAAAAUAGGAGUAAUCAUCGGAUAAUCGGAAGUUUUUUUUACUAACUUUUGAAUAAAGACACAAAAUAACCCCGAAUUGAAUGAUGUGUCAAAAAAUAAAAAGGGGCAAAUUGGGGAUUUCAUAUGUAUCUUUUUUUCUUAUAUAGUAUAGUAGAUAGUAGAUAGUAGAUAUAGUAGAUAGAUACGCUGAGAUUGGGCCGCAAGAACUAGCCCAACAUAAAUUGGGUUAACCGAUAAAUUUGGUUUAAGCCCACCCGGCCCAACAAAAAUCUCCAGAUUACGGUGGAUAUAUACACCCGAUCAAGUUGUGUUGUUUAUUGCAUCUUCUUCAAUCUUCUUCAGAUUUUCUUCAGAUACUUAUAUAUAUAUAUUUUCUAAAUCUAAUAAAUCCUCAACACUGAAAAUAACCGUUGUUAAUUCAUUCUCGAUUUUUCUCAAUUUCUCUUAAACCCUUAACGAUGGCUGCGGAGACGCUUCCGUACCAAAACGGCGUCGUUGCCAACUCCAAUUCAUCUUCCCCCGCCGUCAAGAAACCGAAGGAUAACGAUCGACGUCGCCGCCGCAGGAAGCCGAAGAAAAACAACAAAACUUCUGAGCAACCAGCUUCUAACAAUAACGAAGAUAGUGAUGAUGCUAAGGAGAAUACUGAUCCGAAACAGGUGGUUGAGAAAGUUGAAAUUGAGUAUGUACCAGAGAAGGUAGACCUAUAUGAAGGCAUGGAUGAAGAAUUUAGAAAAAUAUUUGAGAAGUUUAGUUUCACUGAUGUCGCUGCUUCGGAGGAAACUGAUAAGAAGGACGAUGUGGCAGAAAAUGCAGUUAUUAAAAAGAAGGCUGGUUCUGAUUCUGACUCUGACGAUGAAGAAAACGAAAAUGAUCAAAAAGAAAAAGGUGGCGUAUCAAACAAGAAAAAAAAGCUUCAACGAAGAAUGAAAAUUGCUGAACUGAAACAAGUUAGCUCAAGACCUGAUGUUGUCGAGGUUUGGGAUGCUACUGCAGCAGAUCCAAAGUUGCUGGUAUUUUUGAAAUCUUAUCGGAAUACUGUACCUGUACCAAGGCAUUGGUGUCAAAAGAGAAAAUUUUUGCAGGGGAAACGUGGUAUUGAGAAACAACCCUUUCAGCUUCCUGAUUUCAUUGCUGCCACUGGUAUUGAGAAAAUCAGACAGGCUUAUAUUGAGAAAGAGGAUAGUAAAAAGUUGAAACAAAAGCAAAGGGAACGUAUGCAACCAAAAAUGGGAAAAAUGGAUAUAGACUAUCAGGUCCUUCAUGAUGCAUUUUUUAAGUACCAGACAAAGCCAAAACUGACUUCCCUUGGGGAAUUGUAUCAUGAAGGAAAAGAAUUUGAGGUGAAGUUGAGGGAGAUGAAACCUGGCAUGUUAUCACAUGAGUUGAAAGAAGCUCUUGGUAUGCCUGAGGGUGCUCCUCCACCAUGGCUUAUUAAUAUGCAGAGAUAUGGUCCUCCACCAUCUUACCCUCAUCUGAAGAUCCCAGGACUGAAUGCUCCCAUACCCCCUGGAGCUAGCUUUGGUUAUCAUCCUGGUGGAUGGGGAAAGCCUCCUGUUGAUGAAUAUGGACGCCCACUGUAUGGAGAUGUUUUUGGUGUUCAACAACAAGACCAGCCUAACUACGAGGAAGAGCCUGUUGAUAAGACCAAACACUGGGGCGAUUUGGAGGAGGAGGAGGAGGAAGAAGAGGACGACGAUGAAGACGAAGAGGAAGAAGAAAUUGAUGAAGAGGAAAUUGAAGCUGGUAUCCAGUCUGUUGAUAGUCUAUCAAGCACUCCCACUGGAGUUGAGACGCCUGAUGUUAUUGACCUACGGAAGCAACAGAGAAAUAAGGAGCCUGAGAGGCCUCUUUAUCAAGUGCUUGAAGAGAAAGAAGAAAAAAUUGGCGCAGGAUCUUUACUUGUACCGGGACACACUUAUGUGGUUGGCACCGGCACCCAGGACAAGUCAGGUGCUAAAAGGGUCGAUUUGCUUAAAGGUCAGAAGUCAGAUAAAGUUGAUGUUACUUUACUGCCAGAAGAGUUGGAAGCCAUGGAAAAUGUUUUGCCUGCCAAGUACGAAGAAGCAAGGGAGGAAGAGAAGAUGCGUAGUCAGCGAGAAGAUUUCAGUGACAUGGUUGCAGAGAAUGAGAAGAAGAGAAAAAGAAAGCAAGAAAAGGAUGGAAAGUCAAAGAAGAAGGACUUUAAGUUUUAGUUUUUUUUGGCAGGCAAGCGCGGAUGUAACCUUUCAUAUUCGAUUAAUUCUCCCUUAAUUCUCGCAUUCUGUGACUAUAGAACUUUGUUUAACUGUCAAUACAUCAUUAUAGCCUGAAAGUAGCGAUCACUGUUUUGGGCAGGAAUAUAUGAUACUAGUAAGUAAAUGAAAAAAAAAAAAUAUACAAUGAAAACACUAUCAAGCUUCUCA